GGUUCGAUCAGGUUCGAAAGCUAUCGAUUUAAAUAUUCUGCACGCACGAUUCGGAAUUGAACACUGCCGUCUAUUGUCCUUGCGAAUCGACAGCGGUCAACACAGCGCAAGGCGGAUCACCCGGAAUUCACCUGCUCAAGUGAUUGUUUACAAAUUGGCGAGAUGUUCGUCCUAAAGUCAUUGUUUGGUCAGAUGUGGGGUAACCCCUCCAACCCCGAGAUCAUACAAAUCCCGGCUGGACAGCUCUAUUUGGUCAGACCUGACAGUAUCAAGGGAUCGAGAGAAUGCAUCUUCAAAGAUGCAGUGGCGACCAUCAGGAGGACCUCUAUCGAGCAUCAAUUCCAGCUGGUCAUCACUCGUGCAUACGAAGAGGGAGAAGAGCAGUUGCUUGAUGAGGACGCCGAGUCCGAGGAUGAGCGUUUGUUCCUACUAGACGAAGCACUAUCGUUCCGUUCAGGGAUCCUCGAUGGCGAUAUUACCUUUUCGUGGCGGGACCUUUCGGGAGAUCCUGGUGACAUGUGGGAGUUUGUCUGUAACACUAAGGCUGUUCCCAAGGCGACGAGUGGGGUUUUCGAGGUUACAGUCUUGCAUUGCAUGUACGAGAGGAAAUUCCAGCGGAGCCAUGAACAGGCGACACAGGCGGAUCUAGAAGCUCUAAAAUGGCAGCCGAAGUCUAGGCGAUCUGAGAACCCAGCCAGUCGAAUCAGUCGCGGAACCGCCACCUCGAGCUCGCCCGAGCAACUCGACCUACAAUCACUGUCCCUCAAGGAUGACGUCGAGCAACCUCAACCGGGACCGUCUACACCUCCCUCGCGCUCUCAAGUCAUCCCGGAAGAAGAGGAAGAGGAAGAGGAAUACCAAGACCCCUUCGAGCAAGCGCCGCUUCUGCACAGCGAGGCUGGGGAGUGCUACCUCUUCGACGUGGACGUAGAGACCUUUGUGGUCCAAGAUGCCUCGGUUAUCGCCGAAAUCCGGUCUGGCGGUGUUUUCGACUAUUGGCUCGUCAUUCGGGACCACAAGAAGAUAGCGUUCAUCUCGGUCCCCCUAGAUUCCGAGAUGGUCCCCCGCUUGCACGAGGCCGAGCGUGCCUUCAUGUUCUCCUUCAACUCUGCAGAGAGCGGGACAAGCUCGACCUGGUGUGUCAAGUUUGCCGAGCAGGAGCAAUUCGUCAGCUGGAAGGCUGCCUUUACCCAGUACAUGUGGGAAGGCAGGAACAAGAUGAGCUGGGCGAAAGCCAAGGCGGAUGAACAGCGAUAUAUCGGGUCCCAGUACGAGGAUGUCGAGAUGGAAGAUGUCGAAGGGCGAGAAGCUGGCGAUUCCGAGGAGGAAGAGGUCGAGGAUGAGAGCGAUGUCGGAACCAGCUCAUAUGACGAGGACGAGUCGGAGAGCGAUAGCGAGACCUUUAACAGGGUGGCCAAGGGCAAGAACGAAAAGCUCACGGUCGGAUACAAGAAUGACCGUUCGUUUGUCGUUCGAGGCGACAUGAUCGGAGUCUUCAAGCAUACCGAUGAUAACAAAGUCAAGUGGCAGACCUCGAUCAACCGGGUCUCUGACUUGAAGGGCAAGGCUUUUACCCCCAAGAAGAUCAUGCUUCACAACCAAGACUCGGACAUGUUGGUCAUGGACCCUAAUAACAAGAACUCGGUGUACAGGAUGGACCUGGAGCGAGGCAAGAUCGUCGACGAAUGGAAGGUGUCGGACAGUAUCAAUGUGGACAACAUUAUUCCCGAGUCGAAAUAUGCUCAAAUGAACCCGACCCAGACCCUGAUCGGACACUCCCACAAUGGUCUCUUCCGAAUCGAUCCCCGUGUAGAGGGCAACAAGCUGGUCGAGUCUCAAUUCAAGCAGUAUGCAACCAAGAAUGACUUUUCCGCCGCCACUACCACCGAGUCCGGUCGUGUUGCAGUCGCUAGUAACAAGGGUGACAUUCGUCUGUUCGACUCGAUCGGCAAGAAUGCCAAGACCGCACUUCCGGCUCUCGGAGAUCCUAUCAUUGGCGUCGAUGUGUCCGCCGAUGGACGAUGGAUCAUCGCCACCUGCAAGACUUACCUCUUGCUCAUUGAUACCUUGAUUGGUGAUGGCCGAUACGCAGGAUCACUCGGUUUCGACAGGAGCUUCCCGGCCGACUCAAAGCCGAUCCCUCGAAGGUUGCAGCUCAAGCCCGAACAUUUGGCGUACAUGGCUACGGAGAUCUCGUUCACGCCUGCCCGAUUCAACACUGGUGAGGGGCAACAGGAGAACAAUAUUGUCACCUCUACUGGUCCAUUCGUCAUCACAUGGGACUUCAAGCGCGUCAAGCAAGGGAAGCUCGAUCAGUACAACAUCAAGAAGUAUCAGUCGAACGUUGUCGCAGACGAGUUCAAGUACGGAUCGGACAAGAACGUCGUCGUCGCCCUCGAGCACAAUGUGCUCAUGGUCAACAAGAAGGACUUGCUCAAGCCAACGCGUGCUUCGCUCUCGACCCCUAUGAAGCAGCUUCGAUCGAAGAACCAGUUCGUCAAUUCGCCAUACUGAGCUCGCGCUUUGAGCAUUCCAGGCUAUACAUCUGCCGUCAAACAUAAUGUGUACUGUAGUGAUUCUGUACUCUUGCAUGUAUCUGUACGUUAUCGGAAGGUCGCUCGCUCUGCCGGCAUACAAAGGACGUCAGCUGGCCUCGGUUUCCCCCCCCCACCUCGACAUCAGCGGAAGCAGAUCGCUCUGUCUACCUUUGGUUCUGAGAGGGGUAUAUAUAUCAGCACCGAACCUCGACCAUCUCAGCGUUCUUUCUUGCCCGGAA